AUGGCCCCAUCACCGCCCAAGAAGAUCCGGAAACAACCCGGAAGCUUGGGGCAGGGACGUCACACAGGGUUCUCGGUGUGGGCGGGGCUUGUCCCUAAGACUCCUGGGAGAUGGAGUCCGGGAGCCGGGGCGCCGCGGGGCUUUCUGGGAACUGUAGUUCUCAGCCGUGCUCUCAGCGGGCCGGGAGGGUGCGCGUCGCUCGGAGAGGCCACCUCCCCUGUGCCGGAGGGACGCGCGACUGCGCGCGUUGUGCCAGCCCGCGAAGGAGGCCAAGGCCGUGUAGAGCCGGGUGCCGCCCCGGGAGGCAAGUUCCUGUGUGAGGCUGAAAUCGGGCCCGUCUGCCAGCCCAGCGUCUGCGCAGCUGCGGCCCGGGCGGGACCGGGAGGCCGAGCGGCCGCGUGCCCGCCGCUCUGGAACCGCGAACCUGGCCUACAGCGUUCCAGCCUGAGGUUUUGGAAGAAGACCCGCGCGAAGGAGUAUAUCCUGAAGCCGCUGAGGUCGAAGCCACCUGUGGUUGCUUUACCAGGGAAAUUUAGGAUUAAGGGACGCACGGUAGCACAGAAGAAUGGGCUCCCCGGCCCCAGGCUUCGCAGACUCAAGCGCUGGCUCUGUGGCCUGCUGGAACUACUAUGCCUGCCUCACCUUGCUCAUGUUCAAAAUAUGCGUAACGUCGCGGACGUCUUCGUUAGGGUUCCACCGACUGAGUACAUUCCUGUACAGCUUGACAGCAGUGGCUCCCAGAUAAGCACUCGGCAUUAGUCUUCAUUCACUCCAGUGUUAGGAGUUAUUAAAUAAGAUCUGAGCAUUUUGCUCUUUGCGCUUCUAUGUGUUUUAAAUUUCUUAGUAGUUUUGUGCAGUAAGUGGAAAUGAGGAAACACUCAGGCUAAAUGACUGCCCUGUGUUCGGGGAACAAGUAGCGCCCUUGGGGCUACAAGUCUCGUCUAAUGGAUCA